ACUUACAUGCCCAAAAAAGAAAAGAUGUGGGGUGGAAAAGAAAGAUCAGUAGCGGCAGCUAUGGUGACGAUCAUGAGCUUCAUAGUGAUGCUCACUUUGGCAUCCGAAGCUGAUAUGUCUUAUGAAGCCGAUCAGUAUAAGCGAGAUGGGGUACCGAUGGUUCCAAAGGGUUGUCCAGAUAUGUGCGGCAACGUUAGCAUCUACUACCCCUUCGGAAUUGGGCCCAACAAAGAUUGCUAUAUGAACAAAUGGUUCAUCAUAGAUUGCAUCAAAUCCUCCUCCCAUGGUGCCCACAAGUCCUACCUGAGGGUCUUUUCCGAUGGCAAGAGUGGCAGCCUAAGAGAGAUUCUGGGCAUUUCCUUAGUAGAUCAAACAAUAACAAUUCAAGAGUCAAUCUCUCCUCUCAUCCCCGAGUCUGGGGGAAACAAUACUAAGAAUAAUUCAUUCUCCCUAAUGGGGGGUAACACAAAUUUAUCCGCAACCCCAUUCUUCUACUCUUCGUCCUUCAACAAGUUAAUGCUUUUCGGUUGUGGCAACGCUCUCCUCACUUCUGCGUCGCCUAGUCAUACUAAACUAGGCGGUUGCACUUCGUGGUGUGAUGGCAAAACCACCCGACUUGACCAACCUUGCAACGGCAUAAACUGUUGCGAAUCUUAUUUAGGUGACGAUGUAAAAAUGCACCAACUCAACUUCACAAACUUGUUCGUAAAUGCCAGCAACUAUGCCUUCAUUGUUGAUCAAAAUUGGUUCGCUGAAAGCUCACCGGGCAACCGGCAGAAAGAG